AUGGCUUCCAAGAACUCCUCCCCUGGCAGCCUCUCAGCCUCUACGCUGUUCAACGUGGACAACAUGGUGGCAUUGGCCACUGGAGGAGGAACAGGCAUUGGGCUGAUGAUUACAAAAGCAUUGGUUGAGAACGGGGCUUCCAAAGUUUACAUUGCUGGGCGACGAAAGGAGAUCCUGGACUCUGCAGUGAGCUCCGUCGGCCCCAACGUGAUUCCCAUCCAGUGCGAUGUGACUUCCAAGGAGAGCCUGGCACAGGCGGUAGAGACCAUCGAGAAGGACAGCGGCUACCUCAACUUGCUCGUCUGCAACUCAGGCAUCGGAGGGCCGCAGGUUAAGCUCCCAACGCCCGACACUACGGCCGAGGAGUGGGCCAAGGCCAAUCUGGAAGUCAGCUUUGAUGAUUAUGUCCAGACAUUCUCCGUGAACACGGCUGCCGUCUGGUUCACCAGUAUGGCUUGCUUGAAGCUCUUGGACCUCGGUAAUAAGAAGGGGAAUUUGGACCAGUCCUCACAGGUAAUAAUUACAAGCUCAAUUGCCAGUUUCAACAAGAAAGCACCCGGCGGCUGGGCCUAUGGGCAGUCAAAGGCAGGGGCCACGCUGGCGGCCAAGCAGCUCGCCGUGGCGUUGCCUCAGUGGAAUAUCCGAGCAAAUUGUAUCGCGCCAGGCUUAUUUCCGAGCGAGAUGUCGGAGCCCAUCGUCAACCUCUACUCGGAUGGCUCAGGUGGCCCGGGCGCUUUACCCAACACGAUGGUGCCUCUAGGGAGAAUGGGAACUAGUCAGGACAUGGGCGGAACCUUGUUGUAUCUUGCCUCUCGGGCCGGGGCGUAUUGCAACGGAACGGUGAUUGUCAUCGACGGAGGGCGACUCGGGACAUUCCCCUCAAGUAACUGA